AUGACCACAGAUGCGGGCAGGGAAGACCACAUAAGGAAAGGCUCCCCUCACGGUUCACCACUGGGAGAUGUAGAGACAGAGCUCUCAGCAAGUGAAAUCAAUAGAAUACUUAGACAAUUGGAGGGCGAGUGGGACGGAGAUUCUUCAUCAGACUCUGAUUAUGAUUCAUCUUGUGGUGAUGUCGAGGAAAUUGGCGCAGGAGUACCAAUCUCACUGGCGGACAUUAAUGAUGAGCUUUCUGGUUUUGGAGGAGGAAGUUCCAAAAGGACGCCCUUGACGUACACAUCAAGUGUCAGUGAUGAAGAUACCCAGGCCCCCUACAAUCUAGGAGCUGGAUGGAUGGCAGAGGAUGAAUCAAUGAUCAACACUCCCUUUGGAAAGCUCUGCCAAGACGUAAGCAGAAACGUCUUGAGGGAUCCGGACCCCAUUUUCUCCGCCCUCGAACUUGAGCCUGAACAAAAGGAUUACUUUCAGUCAUUCCUUGACUCACGAGCUUCUGAAACUGUCAAGCUUUCUAAGCGCUGCUUGGAAAUAGGACAAGCUGCAAAGACUCUGCAAGACCAGCUGUUGCUGAUGCUUGGAGCUGAGAAGCUGGUGAACAGCGAUGAUGUGCUCACAGAGUUGGAAAACGCAGUGAUGAACCAGAACUGGGAGGUGGCAGCUUCUAUCCUGGUGGCUCUUCGAUCAAUUAAGUGCAUAGAUUUCCGUAAAGGAGAUAAGGUUCGGACUGCACUUGAAGCUCUGCAGACUUUGGGGCAGGGGGCAGAGGCUUUUCACCCUGACAGGACGGAACAUGAUUGGGACAGACAGAGCUCAAAGGCUAGGAAGGAAAGCAGGACAGCAACCAGAACAGGAGGGCUGAGUUACAGCAGAAAGAACAGUUCACCUGUAGAGUACAGAGAACCUGCAUCUAGACUGACUGUUCACCCUAGGACUUCAUCAGAUCCAUCAGACAGCACUUCAUCAAUAUCAUCAGAAGAGUUCUCAAAAUUUGCUCAUAAGAACUCACCAUAUAGCCAUACGGAUGAACAAGUACAAUCGGAUGGAGAUGAAGACCCUGAUCUCAUACCUCUUAUCAGACAAACCGCUCAGGAGUGUCUGAAGCGGGCAACCGAUUUCAGUAGGUUUCAAAGGAAAUCGUCAAGACACAAGGGUCCCAUGACUUUCCAAAACCCGCUGUAUUCUAUCAGAGAGGAGGGCACUUUCCUGCUGUGCGCCAGCCCAGAUGACAAAUACGCACAGCACAUGUCAGACAAGCUGGCUUUCACAGCAGCUCUUCAAACAGUCUUGAAUCGAUUUGAAUAUUUAGAUCACGGCUCCGAUAGAUCUCCUUCUUUUGACAGUUCGGAGGGGAUGCCGCUGGUGGAUGAUUUCAUUGCGGCAUGCAAAGCCCAGGAUUGGGGUGGGGCGGGAGACUUAGGAGGUGGGGGAAGUUUUGAGGCGUGGGUGAUCAAUUGGCUGCAGCCAGAGAGAUUAGUGCAUGUAUGUGAGUCUCAUGUUCCCGUCACUGCCAGUACUUAUGCCGAGAUCGACAACUCUCGAGCGGAGUGUAAGACGCAAUCGAUCAGUACCGAAAACGUCUCCAAUGCAGAGAGUCAAUUGAAGAGAAAGAGUAUGCAUUCUAUCAUUCUAUCUACCUAUUUAUCUAUCUAA